AUGCGCGGCGGCCUGCGCGCGGCAAUGACACGGUGGUGGCGCGGGCCGUUCGUGUUGUGCCUCGUCGUGUACGCAUUCAUCGCGUACGCCCCGUACGCGACGCGGCAGGCAACGCAGGGCCAACACCUGCCAGAUGCAGAGCCCGAUCACGUCGACAUUGAUCACCAGCUGUUCCGAGAUAUUCCAAAUGACGUUCCGAACGUUCCGGUGAUCGAUCCAUCCGAAAAGAGGGACGUGCAGAAGGAGUGGAAUCAAGCGUUAAAAGAAGCAAAAGAUCGGAUCGAGGUCCGACGGAAUGAGCAGCGACCAAAACCGAUCCGGAUAGACCGGAAAGACCCGGCGGAAGUAGUUCCCCCCGUCAUGCCAAAACCAAAAUCAGAAAACCUGGUGGCAGUGGAAUCAAGCGCCGGGAAAGCUUCCGGAUCAGGCUCCUCCUUUAAAUUCGAGUUCCGACCCGCCGGGGGCCAGCCAUUCGUCGUUGAGAAUGUGAUGACAGCGCCGGGGAUCAGCUUUGAAGAGCGUAUGGUGGCCAAGGUUGAUCCGAAAGCCCCGCCAAAGCUGAUCGUCACCUGGCACUCGGGGUUGAACCAAGAAAACAUGGGCGGAUGCCCGGAGUGGAACUGCAAAGUCGCGAAUGAUCGGGGAAGGGCUGCUGAGGCCGACGCCGUGAUUCUGAUGCACGAUGAGCAGGGCCUGAAGCGGAACCCUGAUCAGUACUACAUAUAUUUUAGUCAGGAAUCUCCUGCCCAUGCUGGAGCUGGACUCAAACAGUCCGACUUCUUCAACAUGUCCUUUGGAUAUCGCCAUGAUACGGCCGGAGCAUCACCUUAUGGGUAUACCGUGAAGCUGGCCCCGGAAAGUUAUCAAGAAGCACCGUUCAUCAACGAGACGCGGGUAAAGGGCAAAACAAAGACGGCGGCGUGGUUCGUGUCCCACUGCGGGACGGCCAGCCAACGGGAGAGGCUUGUGGAAAAGAUGAAGGAAACGCUCGAGGUGGACAUCUACGGGGCCUGCGGGACGAAAAGCUGCCCACGAGGCGGUGCUUGUGAAGAUAUGCUGGAUAAUGACUACUACUUCUACAUCACGUUCGAGAACUCGAUCUGCAAGGAUUACAUAACGGAAAAAGCGUGGAACCAGGGUUAUGGCCGUGACUUAAUACCGGUUGUUUUAAAGCGCUCCCUCGCCGAGCCCUACCUCCCACCCGGCUCUUUCAUCGCCGCCGACGACUUCGAGACGGUCAGCGGGCUGACGGCACACAUGCGCUAUUUGAUGGCAAACACGACCGCCUAUACCGAAUACUUCAACUGGCGCCGCGACUACAAGGUGGUGUUCCUGAACGGGCGGACGCACGACGUGCUCGAGCGCCCCUGGGGAAUGUGCCAGAUUUGUCGGCUGUUGUGGCUGCAGCCAAGGCCAAAGCACUCGAUUCCAGAUUUCUCCCAAUGGUGGGACAAAUCGUGUGAGCCGCAGGGAGACCUCGUCGGCAAAUUGCUGCGUGCCAGCGCCCAGAAAACGCCG